CUGGCAAGACUCAUGAGCGCCUGACUAAGCUCUCUCUAUAAAAGGUGCUGCAAUAAGUGGCAAAACUCAAAGAAAAUCUCGAGAAAGAAAAGAAAACAUGAUCUUUACUCUUCUCAACCUGCUGCUCUUUUUCUCAGCUUGCAAGGCGGCCUGCACUAUUCCAUGCUAUCUCACGUGUCCUGGGGUCAACGAGACAGGCUCUAAGCUCCAGGUCAGGAUCGGAGUCAUCUUGGAUUUCCCUAGCAAUGCGAACGAAACAAAACUGCUGCAAAGUGCCGGUCUCAAUCCGGAGGACUUGCUACCCGGAGAUAUGCUGUUACCUUAUUCUCCUCUCGCACUCAUAACGUACGAAACUGCAAAGAGAUUGAACCUCAACUCGACCGUAUUGCCAGAGCACUAUAUUUGUCUCUACUACACCUUCGUCCCGCAAGGUUUCAGGAACAUUGCACUUGGCCCCACGAGGACUUACUCUCACCAAGGAGUUUACCUAAUGAUCAAUGCAGUGAAGCAGCCAGUAGUCCAUGCGUCUUUAUCUCACCUCAUUGAGUACCUCCGUCCGUUACUCUCCGUCAAGCACCACUGGACGAUUGAUGCUUGUCCUGGUAAUGAACAUGCAUGGUAUGUUGAGCUUUUAAUCGGACGUGAAUCCAAGGAACCAGUCCUCUGCUAUGACAAUGUCAACGUUAACUUAGGCCUCAGCACUACACUUUACAAUCUCUAUAAAGCGACUUAUAUGUUUGUGAAGAAGUUCAAUUGGAAGAGGAUUGGGAUACUUACCACAUGCACUGAAUGCGUAGAGGCUUGGCCUGGGAAUGAGUACGCUGUCAUUAGUUAUUAUGAUCCGUCUGACUUUAUCUCCUCAUUCACUCCUUUUAAAGGCCGUGAGAUUCACAUUUACAUUUUCUUGGGAAAUACAAAAAGUUACUUGGACAUGCUCCUUGAAUUUAACUUGAGGAGGAAGUCUGAUUUCAGGCUAUUCACUUGGAUCCUGCCAUUCAAUUGUCCUUCAUUUAGUAAAGUCUUCGAUAAGAUUUCUCGCAAGUACUUCAACUCACAUCAAAUCCAACGCAUCGAAUUUGAGCUACGUGGCUCGUUUGUCAUUCAUCCUGUUCAAAGAUUCAAGCAAGAUAAAAACGGGAGAGUGAUUUCAAUGUACGAAGGUGGCAAGGGUCUCAACAGUGCCGGGUUUAUCAUAGACGCUCUCCAACUUGACAUAUUCACAGCUGACGAGUUUUUGAAAACAAAAGCUGCAAGACUUGGGGCGAACUUGUCCGAAGUUUCCAUAGCUUCAGCAGAUAAACUGAAUGUCAUUGCAACAAUGCUAAAUACUACUUUUGUCGGUGAAACAGGUAGAGUGAUGUUUAACAAUGCCUGCAAUAGACUUACCAACAUAUUCAAAGUAAUUAAUAUGGCCCCUUCGACCCAGAGUGGUGUUAUCAUCGAUAAAAAAGUUGGUGGAUUUAUUUUCCAAGAUCCAGAGAAUAGCAGGAUACUGUUUUAUCAUAAUAAUGAGACUUUGUCUCCAGUGAAUGGACUAAUCUUUAAGGAUGGAACAACUAGUGUACCACUUGAUUAUCAUCAAAGAAAAUACAGGAGAUCUACAAGUUUAACGGGAGCAAUAGUAUUCAACUCUUCAUUUCUGUACAUUCUCAUUGCAGUCUGUUAUUUUGUGUAUGUAAGACAUCAGGACAAACUAGCUCACAUAUACAGCGAGGCUUGGCUUUAUCAGCAAAAAGAUGUCAAACUUACUACUGGAACAUUUGCUGAUUCUACACUUUCGUCUCUUCUUCAGAUCUUGCAGCCGAAUCUUCAAGAGGACAGCAACAUUGGAGAAAUUAAUGGAAAGAUUGUCAAAGUUCACAAGAUGAAAAUGAAUAUUUCUACAUUGGAUCUUAACCUCAGGAAGACAAUGUUACAGAUUUUGAAUUUUGACCACGAAAACAUCUGCCCCUUUAUCGGGUGCAUUCUACAGGGACCAACCAUAGUUGGGAUGAUGCACGAGUAUUGUAGUCACGGGAGUCUUUAUGAGGUCCUUCGGAAUCCUAACAUUGUUUUUGACAAGCAGUUCCGUGUUCUAUUUGCGACAGACAUCAUAAAAGGACUCACUUAUCUUCAUUCUCAUAAGCUGACCCAUGGAAGGCUCUCAUCUGUGACCUGUGUCAUUGGAAACCUUUGGAAACUCAAACUGACCGAUUACGGACCUGAUGCACUCCAUUCAAUGAGAACUGGCAGUCAAGGAAAAAAGUCUUCAACACAGUACAGCUAUUGCAGUCAAGAUGUAUCCGACGACAUAUACAACUUUGGUCUUGUUUUAAAGGAGAUGUCAAGCAGGCAGUACAUUAUUAAAGAUAAAGUGGCAACUAUUGAUGAGCUAGAGUAUGACAUUGAAGUUCCUUUUGAGAUUAAGAAACUCAUUGAGAGUUGCAUUUCAAAUAAUUUGCUUCAGCGUCCAACGACCGAAAGGAUCAAGACUUGUCUAAAACGCUCAGUUGCCAAGUGUGGGCUUUCACAAGAUGUGACCGGAGUUGCUGAAGUGAACCUUCGUAAUCUCGAGAACAAUAUUGAAGUUCUCAAAAUGAACGUUUCGAUACAAAAACAGGAUAAUGACCUCAUAUUAGAAAAGUGUAUGCCUAGUGAAGUUGUCAAGUCGAUCAGAGAUAAAUCUAUCAAACCUCUUGAGAAUUAUGAUGAUGUUAUAAUCGUGUGCGUCACUUUGGUUGAUAUUGACAAGGACUACAGUGUCUCUGAAAUACCAGCCAUCAUUGAAAAGGCUGAUAAGGUCCUUCAUGGUGCUGCUAGUACUGCUGGACUGAUUCGGAUACAAGCUACUGGCACUUCAUGGAUAUAUGCAUCUGGUGUUUAUAAACCUGAAUGUGAAGUCACUGUUGUUGAGUCUCUCAAGGCAGUUAGUCUAAUAAAGUCAUCUCUUGAAGACUCUCAGCAUAAAAUUUAUCCAAAAUUUGCCAUACACCAGGAUUCUGUGACAUGUGGUGUUGUUAAUCAAUCUGCUCCAUUUCAUGUUCUCCUCGGGAAAGCCUCAGCCUCUGCUCUCAGCAUUCUUCAUCAUUGUCCUGAUAAUGGAAUCAUUGUCAGUGAACCUGUUAAACUUUGCCUCUCUAAGAACUAUCAACUUGAAUACAUUGACGCCAUCAUGGAAGAGGACGGCAAUUCUUUGCCAUAUUACAGUUACUCUGCACCAUUUGCUGAUCUUUCCACCAGCAAGGUCUCCUUGACAUUGUCCACUGGCUCCAAGUCACAAUGUGAAUAAUCCUCAGUUCUUCAUCAGUUCUCCUACUGUUCAAUUCAAUAUUUUCCUUCCAUUCUACUGUACACACAACUUUAUUUCAUUGCAGUGAUCAUUGUUAAUUUUGUUGUAGAUAGUUGUUGUAGAGUACAAAGUGACAGUCACUUUGCUAUAGAGACUUACUGUGAUUCCUUUUUUCCUUUUUUUUUAAAAAAAAUUAUAAAACUGUUA